AUGUCAAAUUCAACAACAAACACUACAAUAAAGCACAAUCCCUCAGAAGUAAAUGAGUCUAGCAUUUCUGUUAUGGAAUUUUUAUCAAAUAUUAAGAACGAUGGAGUGAGUGAAGAGGAGGUAGAUCCAGAAGCUAGAUCGGAAUUAAUAAAAGAAAUUGUUGAACUACAAGGGGGUCUAAAAGCUUUAAUUCAAAAAAUGGAAUCUGUAAAAGAUGAUCACGAUCAAAUGCAAUCGGGAAACCAGAUCCUACAAACUUAUAUUAACAAUCUAAUGUCAUCCAAUGUGUUGACUUCUGUGAAUGGUGGAAAGAAAGACG